AUGGUUCAGAAAAAAGAUGGGGGAUGGAGGAUGUGCAUCGAUUUCAAAGACCUAAACAAAGCAUGCCCCAAGGACUGUUACCCUCUCCCGGAGAUAGACACCCAGGUGGACUCUCUGUCCCAAUAUCCCCUGAAAUGCUUCCUAGAUGCCUACAAGGGAUACCACCAGAUACAAAUGUCAAUAGAAGACGAAGAAAAGACCGCUUUUAUCACAUAUGAGGGAACAUUUUGCUACACCAAGAUGCCCUUCGGUCUCAAGAACGCGGGAGCAACAUACCAAAGGUUCAUGAACACCUUGUUUAGGGAACAGAGGGGAAGGAAUCUAGAGGUGUACGUUGACGACAUUGUCAUCAAGAGUUUGACGGAAGCAGCUAUGAUAGACGACAUAGCCGAGACUCUCAACACCAUGCAGGAUGUAAACAUGAAGCUGAACCCUGGGAAAUGCUGUUUCGGGGUAGAGGAAGGAAAUUUCCUAGGGGUAGUGGUAACCAGAGGGGGAAUAAAAGCAAACCCGGAAAAAACCCAGGCUGUAGCCAAAAUACGUUCUCCCAAGUCCCUGAGAGAUAUCCAGCAGCUGAACAGGAGGCUAAUAACACUAAAUCGCUUUUUGUCAAAGGUGGCUGACAAAACCCUUCCCUUCAUGAAAGUAUUAAAAGACUGCCUUCAGACCAGCAAGUUCAACUGGACCACUGAGGCCGAAGCCGCCUUUCAGGAAAUGAAAACCUACAUUUGUAAGCUCCCUACAUUAGCCACCCCAGUGCCUGGAGACCCGUUGCUCCUGUACCUAUCCGCCUCAAAGACAACCAUAAGCGCGGUCAUGAUGGUGGAACGGGAAGGGAAACAGAUCCCCAUAUACUUUAUCAGCAGAACGCUUAAGGGGCCCGAGGAACGGUACAUGCCUCUGGAGAAACUUGCGUUGGCCCUGGUCUUUGCAUCUCGGAGGCUAAGGAGGUAUUUCCAAGGGCAUAAAGUCACCUUAGUGACCGAUCAACCCCUUCAGAAAGUGCUCAGAAAACCAGAGCUGUCGGGGCGACUAGCUAAAUGGGCUGUAGAGUUAGGGGAACACUCUCUGGAGUUCAAGCCCAGAACGGCCAUGAAGGGACAGAUACUGGCUGAUUUCCUAGCAGAAGUCCCUGAGGAUGAAGAGAGGGAGCUACUAAAGUGGGAGGCCUUGGAGGAGGAAGAGAGAAAAAGGGAAGAUGAGGCUGUGUGGAAGUUAUUCACUGAUGGAGCAUCUAGUGAAGAAGGGAACGGUGCAGGUAUCACACUGAUAAGCCCCGAGGGGGUCGAGUUGACAUAUGCUAUAAGAUUGGAUUUCGAAAACACCAACAACACCGCCGAAUAUGAAGCCCUCUUAGCGGGGAUGAGGCUGGCACAGAAGAUGAAAGCAAAGCACGUGGAGGCUAGCACCGAUUCACAGUUAGUGGUAAAGCAGUACCAAGGAGAAUAUGAAGCCAAGGAUAGCACCAUGGCUCAAUAUGUGGCGAGAGUUAAGGAGGCAGCCAAGGCAUUCAAGACCUUUAAGCUAGGAUACAUCCCUCGUGGGAGGAACAAGAAGUCUAAUGCACUCAGCAAAUUAGCUUCGGUAGCCUUCGACCAUCUCGCGAAGGAGGUCAAAGUGGAGGUCCUAACAUCCCCCUCCCUUAACACAGCGGAAGUUGCCACGAUUGGAGAUCCUCAAGAAACAUGGAUGACCCCAAUCAUCCAAUUCCUCCGGGACGGAACUCUACCCGAGGGAGAAUGGGCGGCCAGAAAAAUAAGGGUCAAGGCCCUACAAUAUGAGCUGAUUGAGGGGGAGCUAUACCAAAGGUCGUAUCUGGGCCCGUCCCUGAAGUGUGUUGAUAUGGAGGAGGCCGAAUAUGUGGUCAGGGAGAUGCACGAGGGGAUUUGCGGGAUGCACUCAGGACCGAGAACAGUAGUAAGAAGGGCAAUGAACGCAGGGUUCUACUGGCCACGAAUGUACGAAACGGCAUCUGAGGAAAUCAAGAAGUGUGACAACUGCCAAAUACAUGCCCCGAUGACCCACCGGCACAAACAUCACAUGGUGCCAGUCUCGACGUCUUGGCCAUUCCAGAAAUGGGCCAUCGACAUAAUUGGGCCUUUCCCGGAGGGUCCAGGAGGGGUCAAAUAUGUGGUGGUAGCUAUUGAUUACUUCACUAAGUGGAUUGAAGCGAAGCCCCUGGCAAAGAUCACUGGAGAUCAAAUGAGACGGUUCGUGCUGGAUAACAUCGUAUGCAGAUAUGGGGUUCCGAAAGAGCUGGUAAGUGACAACGGGGUCCAAUUCGCCGGAAAACCCUUCAAGCCAUGGUGCGAGCAAAUGAGGAUUCAACAAGUGUUCACUUCCGUUACUCAUGCCCAGAGCAACGGGUUGGUGGAGAGAGCCAACCAGAGUGUUAUUAAAGGGAUGAAGGGUAGGCUUGGAAGGAAACAGAAGGGCUGGCUGGAGGAACUUCCAUUCGUGUUAUGGGCAUACCGAACCACCCCCAAAAGUUGCAACGGGGAGACCCCAUUCAGUCUUACCUAUGGAACGGAGGCUGUGAUCCCUGCUGAAAUCGGGUCCCAAACUGCUCGGAUGAAGCUUCGGGAUGAGGAAAACGAGCAGGAUCUCAGAAUGAACCUAAACUUGUUAGAAGAGAGAAGGGAGAUAGCAGCAGUGAAAGAAGCCCACUACAAAAAGCUCCUGGAAAGUUACUACAACACCAGGAUGAAGAAACUCAACGUUGUCCCAGGGGAUCUGGUUCUCAGAGCCAACGAGGCUAGUCUGCAAGAAAACACCGGAAAGUUGGGCCCCAACUGGGAAGGACCCUACAGAGUCACGUGGGCAAAUAGCAAAGGAACCUGCAAGUUGGAAACGCUAGAGGGGAAGGAGGUCCCUAGGACCUGGAACCUCAUGCAGCUUAGGAAGUAUUACAUGUAA